AUGGCGUCAGAUGCUCAGACGCUCAACCUGCCGGCCUCGGACUCCCAAGGUUCAAACGCGCCCAUGACCCCAACCACACCGACCACUCCUGCGCCAGAGGGCAAGGAAGGCAAGCCGAAGAGGACCAACCCCUUGACAGAUCUCGUCGAUACAGAGAAGAUAUUUGUUGACCAACUUACAGGAAUAAUACGAAAAGUGGCAGCGGCAUGGUCUCGUUCGAACUUACCACCUCCCGAGCUAGACAAGAUGUUCAGGAGUAUAGAAGGAAUAUACAAAGCGAAUCGAGGCCUGCAUGCGAGCCUUAAGGAUAUCAGUGCAGAUCCAAAAUCAGCUGGCGAACUGGGUGGGUUACUUAUCAACUGGAUCGACGACCUCAAGAAACCUUACGAGAACUAUUGUACGAAAUACACGGCCGGCUUUGAUACUUGGCCUCCGGUUCAAUCAAAUCAACGAUUGGCCCCAAUUCUUACCCAGUUCUCCUCGACAAACCCGGCGCCAUCAAACGAGGGUAUCUGGACAUUAGACGCCCUCUUCAUUCUUCCGAAAGCACGCCUGAAGUACUACCUAAAGUUGUACAACCGUCUCUUGAAGAACACUGACAAUCGACGCCUUGUUGGUGCUGUUGAGACCCUCAAUCACUUGCUUGACAUGUUGGAUAGUCGGAGCAAUGUCAAGGUCGGAGAUCAAGAAGCGGACGAACCUGCCGCACCUGUGGAUACGGAAGAUGAAGUUGUAAUAGAUAUGCGAAAGUCUUUGAGUCCCCCUUCACCCCCUUCUCAGUCUUUGACCGAUACAAAAACUGGGAGUGAGACGAGCUCCAGUUUUUCUGGCGGCGAACGCUCCUCCCGUGAAUCUGAAUCGACUUCUCUCAGCCGCGCAUCUACACAGACAAUGUCUAUGCCUAUAACGGAUCUCGAGAGAAGACUUUCUGUAGAACGCACUCUGGAUAUAUUCACGAUGAACCCAAAGUCUGUGAAAUUGCAAAUGUCCCCUCCUACGUUAACCUUCACCCGUGAGAUGCGUACAUCCCUAGAUGUGAUCAUUCGCUUCACUCCGCGAUCCACGGGUGUUGAAGUCGUCCAUCGCGAAGGCCACAUCUUUCUCCUGUCGGACCUAUUCCUUGUCUGUGAAAGAAUCUCGCCUGAAGAUCGCCAGAAACGCGGUAAUGAUGGGGCCGACAUGUGGUUGUGCUAUCCUCCACUUGCUGGGAAGGUUCUAAGAGUCUCGGAAAUCAGUGGACAAGAAAAUGCUCUGCAAGUAGCCAUCAUGCGAAAGGAGUUUAUCACUUUAGAAACGAUCACCAAAGAAGGUCGAGACGCCCUCAUGUCGCACUUCAAGGAGUGCAUUGAAUUUUCUGGCACACUACCUCCGCCAUCUAAGCAGCCGCCACCACCGGUGCCAUCGCUCAAUGCAUUCCCUCGCCUUCAAACAGACGCGGUCGCUGCUGCAACUCCUGUCCUUCCGAGAAUAGGAGAGAGGACGAGUGGCAGCAUGAGCCCAUCUUCCCGCCGGUCUGGUUCGCCUGCUACUGAACCGCUACCCCCAGCGUAUGUGGAUGGUAGACUUCCGCCUCCUGGUAUGAACGGCCAGUUACCCCCUCAUCCUGGCCAGCCCUACAUGAGAUCUUCAGCUUCUGCUCAACCGCUUUCACGGGGCCCAUCUUUCGGCCCAAACAAUGUGCUCCCUCCUGCACGAAGUACAAGUUUCUUACCAGGAGCAGGUACCGAUUUGCCGCUUGGCCCUAAUGGUCCUUAUGGUCCGGGCCCGGGUGGCCCUUCCCCCAUGUCUGGUCCUCCACCAAUGUCUGGUCCUCUCCCGAUGAAUGGGCCUCCACCAAUGAACGGCCCACCUCCUAUGUCUCAUCCUCAGUUCCAUCAACCGUCAUAUCCUGUCAAUCCCAAUAUGCGUCCUCCCCCGAACCAGUAUCCGCCAAAUGGACUUCCUCCGCGGCCGCCAUCUGAGCCGUCGAUGGGCCCCGGGAUUCGUAAAACGCCCUCGACCCGUUCUCUUUCAUCUCAGUACAAUCCUCAUGAUGCUCCUGGAUUUGCACCUCCUGUACCUUCCAUGCCUGCUGGAUAUCAUCCUAGCCAACCCUCGAACGGAAUGAACGCAUUUGGCGGUAGGCCUGGAGGCCCCGGAGGAUUCCAAAACCCGCAAGCGCGCCUCCCACUUCCCUCAGCUCAAUUCCGCGCACUCUCUAUGAUGUCAACGGCAGAUACGCCUUUCACUGACCCAAGCCCUCCUAACUCCCCAAUGCAAGAACCGCAGCAUAUUGGGCCUGUUGUCUCUACAAUUUCUGCGCAGAUGAAGUGCAAAGUCUUCCUGCAACAACACCAUGCCCAAUGGAAAUCUCUUGGAUCCGCUAAGCUCAAGCUAUAUCGUCAAGACCCUACCAACAUCAAGCAGCUUGUAGUCGAAGCUGACAACAAGGACAAGUCUGUGUUAAUCUCUACGAUCGUGUUGACAGACGGUGUUGAGAGAGUUGGUAAAACAGGUGUCGCUAUAGAAUUAAGCGACAAGGGUGCUCGCACAGGUAUCAUUUACAUGAUUCAGCUGCGUAACGAGAAUUCCGCAGGCGGGUUGUUUGACAGUCUCCUGGCCGGAUCGGACAGGGCCCAGCGCUAA